AUGCCCAAGGACACUGCCUCCGUCGCCCUAUCGGCGGUCCCCUUGGCCGUGCCCGCCUCCGCCACCGCCGCUGCCCCUGCCGCCGCCGCUGGCCGCCGCCCCUCUGCCCCCGGAGCCGCCGCCGCCACCGACUGGCUUGCGGGCUUAGAGGGCCGCCUUAGCGCCCUAGAGACCGCCGCCGCCGCCAAUAAGAAGGAGGAGGCCGACGAGGACGACGAUAACGAAGAUAAUAAUAAUAAUAACGAUAAGGAAUAG